GCUCCAAGCCAACUAUGGAGCCCUCCGGCAGUCAGAAGGGGCCUGGCGCGGCUCCUGCACCCGCGGACUCAGCCUCGGCCUCGGUGACCCUGGCGCAGCUCCUGCAGCUGGUCCAGCAGGGCCGGGGUCUCCCCGGCCUGGAGAGGCGCCACGUCGUGGCGACCCUCGGCGAACCCACGGCGUCCCGGCUCCCGCGGAGGCCCAAGCCCUGGGAGGCCUCGGGCUCCGCCGACGCCCCCGCGCCGCCCUUCCAGACCCGGGGCCAGAGGCCCGACGACGCUCCCUAUGGGCAGAGGACCCUCCUGGAAGAACCUGGCUCCGGGGAGGCUGCGACAGCGCCUUCCUAGAUGGCAUAUAUAGUGGGUUCCUGAGGCUCGAGGUCCUUUGCAGCUGUGAAGGAAAAAUGUUGCUGCCCUAUCAGCAAAGGACGCUGCACCCAUCUAGCCAUCAACCAGUACUGCGGCCCCGUCGGCGAGCCCUAGGGAACCCAGGAUGGAGACAAAUGGGCCGCCGGCUGCCAAGCUCUCAGCCACUGCAGACACUACCAACGGCGCACCCUGAGGGGGCUUAAGAUGGGAAAGAACAGGAUACUGGCCGUGGAUAGCGAAGGCGCAUAUCAAAGGCAAGGUGUCAGUGAGCCCAGACUCUUGCAUCUACCUGUUCACAGAAAAAAGCUCAAUUCAUUAACGUGAGAUGUCGGGUUCUCUUUAAUUAACAGUAAUCUUUUGAUGUUCUGACUACCUGAUUUUGUUGCAGAACUCCUACCUAUCCUUCAGAGCAGUCCCUCAGAGCUAUCUGAGAGGCUGCCUCCUGGGCUUGCGUCCUCAGAAAGUCUGCCAAAUAAAAUAAUUCUCAACUUUGAGGUUUUGCUUUUUUUUUUUUUUUUUUUUCAGUCCACAGUUUUGGUGACCAUGGAGGGAACCAGAGCAGACUUCUCCUCUUCGCCUGAACUCUACGAGGAACCGGACCCUUGGUACUGGCAGAGACCU